AUGGUGCCCCGGGACGGCCCUGAGUCUGCCCAGUGUCUGUGUCCUCCUCUGGCCAGCCUGAAAGCUAAGGAUGUGCUUCGCAGAAGGCACAAGCAGAGAAGCCGACAGCAUCAGCGGUUCAUGGCCCGGAAGGCCUUGCUGCAGGAGCAGGGGCUGCUGAGCACACCCCCGGAGCCAGGGUCUUCCCCACCGCCUGUACCCUCGAAGGCUUCUCCAGGUCCCACAGCCUCCAGCAGUGGAACACCUGGUCCCCAAGUUGUACCUGGCAGUGCCCCAUGUAGCCAAAAGCCAGCUUGCAGAAGAGUCACUAUGCCUUUACCUUGCAAGGUUGUGGCCAUUGACUGUGAGAUGGUGGGCACAGGGCCGCGGGGACGAGUGAGCGAGCUGGCCCGCUGCUCCGUGGUGAGCUACCACGGUGAUGUGCUCUAUGAUAAGUACGUCCGGCCUGAGAUGCCCAUCGUAGACUACAGGACCCGCUGGAGCGGCAUCACUUGCAAGCACAUGCGCAAAGCCAUCACUUUCCAAGUGGCCCAGAAAGAGAUCCUUAAGCUCCUGAAAGGCAAAGUGGUGGUGGGCCAUGCUGUGCACAAUGAUUUCCGGGCCCUCAAAUACACCCAUCCUCGGAGCCAGAUCCGCGACACCACUUACGUCCCAAGCUUCCUCAGCCCACCUGGCCUCCCCUCCCGGGCCCGGGUCUCCCUGAAGGACCUGGCCCUGCAGCUGCUGCACAAGAAGAUCCAGGUGGGCCGGCAUGGGCACUCCUCGGUGGAAGAUGCAGCAACAGCCAUGGAGCUGUACCGGUUGGUGGAGGUGCGGUGGGAACAGCAGGAGGCCAGCAGCCCGCAGGACCAUCCUGAAGACAGAGAGCCUGACAGUAGCACAAACUUGGAGCAGUUCAUGGAGGACCAGUACUGGCCCGAUGACCUCACCGUGGGGAGCAUUGGAGAGGAGGGGCAGGCGUAG